UGGAACGGUCUUCGGGGCGUCGGUCCGUCGGUGCCGAGGCGGUCUUCGGGGAAGCGGGCCGGGCUUUCAGGAUGCUGCGCAAGCUCACGGUGGACCAGAUCAAUGACUGGUUCACCAUCGGCAAGACGGUGGCCAACGUGGAGCUGCUGGGCCUGCCGCCCGCCCUGCCUGGGGACGCGGCCCGGGAGGAGGCGCCGGCGGCCCAGGCUGCGGCCCCGGCUGAGGGGCCCAAUGUAGCUGUGGCUCCCGCCCGGACAGCCUCAACCUUUGGAAGGUCACCCAACCAGAGGAGCUCAGAAAUGGAAUAUAUUAGCAAAUACAGAGAGCUUGAAGCCCAAGAGCUUGAUCUCUAUGGCGGGAGUCAGCCAACCAGUGGGCCAGGUCCAAGGACACCACUGGCUAAAUUAAGCAAUGUGACAUGCAUUCCAGAGACAACUUACAAAUAUCCCGAUUUGCCCAUAAAUCGAUGUAAGGAAGAGGUUAUUUCUUUGAUAGAAAGCAAUUCUGUGGUGAUCAUCCAUGGUGCCACGGGAAGUGGUAAGAGCACUCAGCUUCCACAGUACAUCCUGGACCACUACACUCAGCGCUCUGCCUUCUGUAACAUCGUGGUUACCCAGCCACGGAAGAUAGGGGCCAGCAGCAUUGCCAGGUGGAUCAGUAAGGAACGCUCCUGGACUCUGGGUGGCUUGGUGGGCUACCAGGUAGGGCUAGAGAAAAUGGCCACAGAAGACACCAGGUUAAUUUACAUGACCACUGGAGUCCUGCUUCAGAAAAUUGUAAAUGCCAAGAGCUUGAGGGAGUUCACGCACGUCUUCGUUGAUGAAGUGCACGAGCGAACCGAAGAAAUGGAUUUCCUGCUACUGGUAGUCCGCAAACUCUUAAGAACAAAUUCACGUUUUGUGAAGGGUCUCCUUGUACCCCCAGCUGGCCUGGAACUUGCAGAGAUUCACCUGCUUCUGCCUUUAGGUCACUGCUCCUGCUCUAAAAGCACUCCCACUGGGUGGAGCUCAGUGACCUUUCUGGUGAUCCUUAUGUCAGCCACCAUCAACUGCAAGGAGUUUGCAGACUACUUUGCUGUUCCCAUUCAGAACAAGAUGAAUCCUGCGUAUAUUUUUGAAGUGGAUGGCAAACCACAUGCUAUUGAAGAGUAUUAUCUUAAUGAUCUGGAGCACAUUUAUCAUAGUGGGCUCCCUCCCUAUCGUCUGGAGGAGCCAGUGAUAACGAAGGAUAUCUAUGAAGUUGCCGUGUCUCUAAUUCAGAUGUUCGAUGACCUGGACAUGACGGAGAGCAGGAACAAGAGCUGGUCGGGGCCGCAGUCUGUGUCGGAGCGGAGCAGCGUGCUGGUGUUUUUGCCAGGUCUGGGUGAGAUAAACUAUAUGCAUGAGCUGCUCACAAACAUGAUUCACAAAAGGUUGCAGGUCUAUCCACUCCAUUCCAGUGUGACUUUAGAAGAACAGAACAAUGUAUUUUUAAGUCCUGUCCCUGGGUACAGAAAGAUUAUUCUGUCCACCAACAUUGCAGAGAGUUCUGUCACAGUUCCAGAUGUCAAAUAUGUUAUAGAUUUUUGUCUGACCAGGACUCUGGUUUGUGAUGAAGAUACAAAUUACCAGAGUCUGCGACUGAGUUGGGCCUCUAAGACCAGUUGUGACCAGAGAAAAGGCCGUGCUGGACGAGUGUCUAAAGGAUACUGUUACAGACUGAUACACAGGGAUUUCUGGGACAGCUCCAUCCCUGCUCAUGUUGUUCCUGAGAUGUUGCGUUGUCCCUUGGGAAGCACAGUACUGAAAGUGAAGCUACUUGACAUGGGUGAACCGAGAGCUCUGCUGGCCACUGCCCUGUCUCCACCUAGUCUGAGUGACAUCGGGCGCACCAUCCUUCUGCUAAAGGAGGUUGGAGCAUUGGCAGUGAGUGGGCAGAGGGAAGAUGAAAACCCCCAUGAUGGAGAACUGACCUUCUUAGGGAGAGUGCUGGCACAGCUCCCUGUCAGUCAGCAGCUGGGGAAGCUCAUUGUGCUGGGACAUGUAUUUGGGUGCCUGGAUGAGUGCCUCAUCAUAGCGGCAGCUCUCUCUCUGAAGAAUUUUUUCACAAUGCCUUUUCGGCAGCAUCUGGAUGGAUAUAGGAACAAAGUGUACUUCUCUGGGAGCAGUAAGAGUGACUGCCUGGCUCUGGUGGCGGCAUUCAAGGCCUGGCAGGCUUGCAGACAGCGAGGAGAGCUGCGGCAUCCAAAGGAUGAACUUGACUGGGGACGGUUAAACUACAUUCAGAUCAAGAGAAUUAGAGAGGUGGCCGAGUUAUAUGAAGAACUGAAGAACAGAAUCUCACAGUUCAAUAUGUUUGUGGAUCCUCGACAUCCUGUCUUAGACCGGGAGUAUCCGUACAAGCAGCGCUUCAUCUUGCAGGUUGUAUUGGCAGGUGCUUUUUAUCCCAACUACUUUACUUUUGGACAACCAGACGAGGAGAUGGCGGUGAGGGAGCUGGCUGGCAAAGACCCAAAGACUACAGUUGUGCUGAAGCACAUUCCUCCCUAUGGAUUUCUUUACUACAAACAACUGCAGUCUCUCUUUAGACAGUGUGGUCAAGUCAAAUCCAUCGUGUUUGAUGGUGCGAAAGCCUUUGUGGAGUUUUCACGGAAUCCGACUGAGAGAUUUAAAACCCUUCCUGCUGUGAAUUUGGCAGUCAAGAUGUCCCAGCUGAAAGUGUCCCUGGAGCUCAGUGUUCAUACUGCAGAGGAGAUCGAAGGGAAGGUACAAGGCGGCUCAGUGUCUAAGCUCAGGAAUACAAGGGUGAAUGUGGACUUCCAGAAGCAGACAGUGGACCCCAUGCAAGUCUCAUUCAGCACAUUGGACAAACCCCGGAUGGUUGCUGAUCUCCUCCUGACUAUCGAUGUCACAGAGGUGGUGGAAGUAGGGCACUUCUGGGGGUACAGGAUUGACGAGAGGAACGCCGAGCUUCUGAGGAAGCUGACUGCUGAGAUAAACCGGCUGGAGCUGGUACCCCUGCCUGUCCACCCACAUCCAGACCUGGUCUGCCUGGCACCUUUUACUGAUUGCAAUAAGGAAAGCUAUUUUAGAGCUCAAAUCCUUUAUGUUUCUGGGAAUUCUGCUGAGGUGUUCUUUGUGGACUAUGGGAAUAAGUCUCAUAUAGAUCUGCAUCUUCUAAGGGAGAUUCCCUGUCAGUUUCUUGAGCUUCCAUUUCAGGCUUUGGAAUUUAAGAUCUGCAAAAUGCGACCUUCCGCAAAAUCUCUUAUCUGUGGAGAGCAUUGGAGUGGUGGGGCCAAUGCACGGUUUGCCUCCCUGGUCAGUGGCUGUGCUCUCCUGGUGAAAGUGUUCUCAGUUGUGCAUAGUGUCCUGCAUGUGGAUGUGUACCGUUACUCGGGAGCCCAGGAAGCUGUCAACAUCAGAGACAUUCUCAUCAGGGAGGGCCACGCUGAACUUGCAGAGGAGUCCUAUGAGUCAAAACAAAGCUAUGAAAUGCUCAAGGGCUUCUUUGCCAAGUCCGUGGACCCGGUGCUGGAUGGCCCUGUAUCCUUUCCUGUCAAGGAGGGUGAGAAGCACCUCAUCCAGCUCCUCUUGGAGAGCUUUUCUUCCAAUAGACUGGGAGCCCCGAACUGCAAGGCUGUCCUCCACGGGCCCUUUAACCCUUAUGAGCUGAAGUGCCAUAGUCUGACCAGAAUAUCCAAGUUCAGGUGUGUCUGGAUUGAGAAGGAGAGCAUCAACUCUGUCCUCAUUAGUGACAGCCCUGCCGACCUCCACCAGAGGAUGCUGGUUGCAGCUUCACUCUCAGUUAAUGAGACUGGGUCUACCAUGCUGCUGAGAGAGACCUCCCUGCUGCCUCACAUCCCGGGCCUUCCAGCGCUCCUCAGCAUGUUGUUUACACCAGUAAUGGAGCUAAGAGUUGACCGGGAUGGAAAGGGCUAUACUGGGGCCCUUUGUGGUCUGGGAUGGAAUUCGACCUCCGAGACCCCUAUCCUGCCAGAGCAUGACAUCGAGCUGGCCUUUGAUGUGCACUUCAGUGUGGAGGAUAUCAUUGAGAUUAAUAUCCUCAGGGCUGCUAUUAAUAAGCUAGUGUGUGAUGGGCCAAAUGGAUCCAAGUAUCUUGGGCCAGAAAGAAUUGCACAGUUACAAGAGAAUGCUCGUCAGAAACUUCUAGGCUUGUUCUGUCGGUUGAAACCUCGAGAGAAGAUUACGCCUAAGUGGCAUGAGAAGCCCUACGAGUGGAACCAGGUGGAUCCAAAGCUGGUCAUGGAACAAGCUGAGCGGGAAGGCAGCGGAGGGAAGAACACAUCUCUGUACCAGCUUCAUAAGCCCAUCGUGCUCAGUCCCUGAUUGGCUUGCACCAUCCACCCUGUGGGGACUGUGGAGGCCUGUUAGAGGCACCCUGCAGCCCUUCCUGUCCCUGCUGCCUUUGAUAGGGUGGGCAAAAUGGGAAAGUCUGUCUUUCUAGAAACAGGAGUCACCGUAUUAAAUACUUUGGAAAAUGUUAUUCUAAAAGAUUUUGUUUUGGAAAAGGCAGUAUUUUGCUUUAAAUGUUUGAAGGUAAAUCUAAGUAGCCAGUCUCAAGAGACAAGGGUCUGGAAUGUGCUUGUGUACCCUGUCCUGUCAUCAGGUUAGCCUGGGGUGCAGGAGAGAGCAGGACUUCUGGGCUACACAGGGUACUGGAGGGGGGGAGAUGGAGGGAGAGAGAGAUGGAGAGAGAUAAAAACCAUGUGACACUUUUCUGACCCCAACCCCAGGAAAAUUACCCAGUUUUGGUAAAACUUUAGUUUUUGUAUAUUUAGGAAUUCUAGUAAAGUUAGAGUUCUUGGUCUAUGUUUGGAAAUCAAAAAGAUGACCCGGCAGCUGGCAUACCUAUUAAAGCAAUAAAAG